GCUGCCCGGGCCGGCAGCGCGGAGCCCGCAGCGCGGCCAUGGCCGAGCGCCGCGCCUUCGCCCAGAAGAUCAGCAGGACCGUGGCAGCCGAGGUCAGGAAGCAGAUCUCGGGCCAGUAUGGAGGCUCCCCACAGCUCCUCAAGAACCUCAACAUCGGAGGCAGUGUCUCUCACCACACCACUGUGCCUCUCACGGAAGCCGUGGACCCCGUGGACGUGGAGGAGUACCUGCACAGCCACCCGCUGGCCGCGGAGUCGGGGCCGCUGCGGGACCUGCUGGAGUUCCCCCGCGACGACAUCGAGGUGGUGUCGGCGCCCCGCGAGUGCCGCACGCUCGUGUCCGCCGUGCCCGAGGAGAGCGAGAUGGACCCUCACGUGAGGGACUGUGUCAGGAGUUACACGGAGGACUGGGCCAUCGUCAACAGAAAGUACCACAAGCUGGGGACUGGGUUCAACCCCAAUACCUUGGACAAACAGAAGGAAAGGCAAAAAGGGCUCCCCAAACAAGUCUUCGAGUCUGAUGAAGCUCCUGAUGGCAACAGCUACCAGGAUGAACAAGACGACCUGAAGCGGCGCUCAAUGUCGAUCGACGACACGCCCCGGGGCAGCUGGGCCUGCAGCAUCUUCGACCUCAAGAACUCCCAGCCCGAUGCCCUGCUCCCCAACCUGCUGGACAGAACCCCCAACGAGGAGAUCGACCACCACAACGAGGACCAGAGGAAGUCUGGCAGGCAUAAGGAGCUUUUUGCACUACACCCAGCACCCGAUGAGGAGGAGCCCAUAGAGAGACUCAGUGUCCCUGAAGUACCCAAAGAACACUUUGGCCAAAGACUCCUGGUGAAGUGUUUGUCCCUGAAAUUUGAAAUAGAAAUUGAGCCCAUUUUUGCAAGUUUGGCUUUGUAUGAUGUCAAAGAAAAGAAGAAGAUUUCAGAGAAUUUCUACUUUGAUUUAAACUCUGAGCAAAUGAAGGGAAUGCUUCGGCCUCAUGUCCCCCCUGCUGCUAUUUCCACCCUGGCCAGAUCUGCCAUCUUUUCUAUCACCUACCCAUCCCAAGAUGUCUUUCUAGUAAUAAAGCUGGAAAAAGUGUUACAGCAGGGAGAUAUUGGGGAGUGUGCAGAGCCUUACAUGAUUUUUAAAGAAUCUGAUGCAGCAAAGAACAAGGAGAAGUUGGAAAAGCUGAAGGGCCAGGCAGAGCAGUUUUGCCAAAGACUGGGGAAGUACCGGAUGCCUUUUGCCUGGACAGCCAUUCACCUCAUGAACAUUGUCAGCAGUGCUGGCAGCUUGGAAAGAGAUUCCACAGAAGUUGAAGUUGGCACAGGAGAACGCAAAGGGUCGUGGUCGGAGCGGCGCAAUUCCAGCAUCGUCGGGCGGCGCUCCCUGGAGAGGACCACGAGUGGGGACGAGGCUUGCAACCUGAGCAGCUUCAGGCCAGCCACCCUGACAGUGACCAACUUCUUCAAACAGGAGGGGGAUCGCCUGAGCGACGAGGACCUGUACAAGUUCCUGGCUGACAUGAGACGCCCCUCGUCGGUGCUGCGCAGGCUCAGGCCCAUCACAGCUCAGUUGAAGAUAGACAUCUCUCCAGCUCCAGAGAACCCCCACUACUGCCUAACCCCAGAGCUGCUGCAGGUCAAGCUUUACCCAGACAGCAGAGUCAGACCUACACGAGAGAUCCUGGAGUUCCCUGCCAGGGAUGUCUACGUCCCAAACACCACAUACAGGAAUCUCCUUUAUGUGUACCCACAGAGCCUUAACUUUGCCAACCGGCAGGGAUCUGCCAGGAACAUCACAGUGAAAGUGCAGUUCAUGUAUGGAGAGGAUCCCAGCAAUGCCAUGCCGGUCAUCUUUGGCAAAUCCAGCUGUCCUGAGUUUUCCAAGGAAGCAUACACAGCUGUGGUGUAUCACAACAGAUCUCCUGAUUUUCACGAGGAAAUCAAGAUUAAGCUUCCAGCCACUCUGACAGACCACCACCACCUGCUUUUUACUUUCUACCACGUCAGUUGCCAACAAAAACAAAACACACCCCUGGAGACUCCAGUGGGCUACACCUGGAUCCCGAUGCUGCAGAACGGCCGGUUAAAGACGGGUCAGUUCUGCCUGCCUGUGUCAUUGGAAAAGCCACCCCAGGCUUAUUCAGUGCUUUCUCCAGAGGUUCCUCUCCCUGGGAUGAAGUGGGUGGACAACCACAAAGGGGUUUUCAAUGUGGAAGUUGUUGCUGUGUCAUCCCUCCACACUCAGGACCCUUACCUCGACAAGUUCUUUGCACUUGUCCAUGCUCUGGAUGAGCACAUGUUCCCUGUGCGAAUAGGAGACAUGAGAAUUAUGGAGAACAACUUGGAAAAUGAGCUGAAGAGCAGCAUUUCAGCUUUAAAUUCCUCUCAACUGGAGCCGGUAGUGCGAUUUCUUCAUCUCCUGCUUGACAAACUGAUCCUUCUGGUAGUAAGACCUCCUGUCAUUGCAGGCCAAAUAGUGAACCUGGGCCAAGCAUCUUUUGAGGCGAUGGCAUCCAUCAUAAACAGACUUCACAAGAACCUGGAUGGCAACCAGGACCAGCAUGGCAGGAACAGCCUGCUUGCUUCCUAUAUUUAUUAUGUUUUUCGCCUGCCCAACACCUACCCCAACUCACCAUCACCAGGUCCCGGCGGCCUGGGCGGCUCGGUGCACUACGCCACCAUGGCCAGGUCGGCCGUGCGCCCCGCCAGCCUCAACCUGAACCGCUCGCGCAGCCUCAGCAACAGCAACCCCGACAUCUCCGGCACCCCCACGUCGCCCGACGACGAGGUGCGCUCCAUCAUCGGCACCAAGGGCUUGGACCGCUCCAAUUCCUGGGUAAACACUGGUGGUCCAAAAGCUGCCCCAUGGGGAUCCAACCCCAGCCCAAGUGCAGAGUCAACACAGGCUACGGAUCGAAGUUGUAAUCGUAUGUCUUCGCACACUGAGACGUCAAGUUUCUUACAAACAUUAACAGGACGAUUACCAACCAAAAAGCUUUUCCACGAGGAGCUGGCCCUGCAGUGGGUUGUGUGCAGCGGGAGCGUGCGGGAGGCGGCCCUGCAGCAGGCCUGGUUCUUCUUCGAGCUGAUGGUGAAGAGCAUGGUGCAUCAUCUGUAUUUUGCUGACAAACUGGAAGCGACGAGGAAGAAUCGUUUCCCGGAGCGCUUCAUGGAUGACGUGUCUGCACUGGUCAGCACAAUUGCUAGUGAUAUAGUCUCCCGCUUCCAGAAGGACACGGAAAUGGUGGAGCGGCUCAACACCAGCCUUGCAUUUUUCCUCAAUGAUUUGUUGUCCAUCAUGGACAGAGGAUUUGUUUUUGGUCUUAUUAAGACCUGCUACAAACAGGUGUCUGCAAAGGUGUAUUCCUUAACAAACCCCAGCAACCUGGCAUCUCUGAAGCUGGACUUCCUGCGCAUCAUUUGCAGCCACGAGCACUAUGUCACCUUGAACUUACCCUGCAGCUUGCUCACACCACCUGCAUCUCCAUCACCAUCUGUGUCUUCAGCCACUUCCCAGAGUUCUGGGUUCUCCACAAAUGUCCAAGACCAGAAGAUUGCAAAUAUGUUUGAGUUGUCUGUGCCUUUCCGCCAGCAGCAUUACCUGGCCGGGCUGGUGCUCACAGAACUGGCUGUCAUCCUAGAUCCUGAUGCAGAAGGAUUAUUUGGAUUGCAUAAGAAGGUCAUCAACAUGGUACACAACCUGCUGUCCAGCCACGACUCGGACCCGCGGUACGCUGACCCCCAGGUAAAGGCCCGGGUGGCAAUGCUGUAUCUACCUCUGAUUGGCGUGAUCAUGGAAACUGUGCCUCAGCUCUAUGACUUCACAGAGAGCCACAACCAGCGGGGGAGGCCGAGCUGUGUCGCCGUGGACGAUUACGAGAGCGAGGGUGGCAGCAUGAUCAGCCAGACAGUGGCCAUGGCCAUUGCAGGGACAUCUGUCCCCCAGCUCACCAGGCCCAGCAGUUUCCUACUCCCUUCUUCGGGUGGCAGGCAGCACUCCACCUUCUCAACAGAGUCCAGCCGCAGCCUCCUCAUCUGCCUGCUGUGGGUGCUGAAGAACGCGGACGAGAGCGUCCUGCAGAAGUGGUUCACUGACCUGUCAGUGCUGCAGCUCAACCGCCUGCUGGACCUGCUCUACCUCUGUGUCUCCUGCUUUGAGUACAAGGGCAAGAAAGUGUUUGAAAGAAUGAACAGUCUGACAUUUAAGAAAUCAAAAGACAUGAGAGCCAAACUUGAGGAAGCAAUUUUGGGCAGCAUAGGGGCAAGGCAGGAAAUGGUCCGAAGAAGUAGAGGACAGCUGGAGAGGAGCCCUUCUGGGAGUGCCUUUGGAAGUCAAGAGAACCUGAGGUGGAGAAAGGAUAUGACUCACUGGCGGCAGAACACCGAGAAGCUUGACAAAAGCCACAAACCAGCCAGGUCAAGGGCAGAGAUAGAACACGAAGCACUCAUCGAUGGGAAUCUUGCAACAGAAGCCAACCUGAUAAUUUUGGAUACUCUGGAGAUAGUUGUACAGACCGUGUCGGUGACGGAGUCCAAGGAGAGCAUCCUCGGCGGGGUGCUCAAGGUGCUGCUGCACAGCAUGGCCUGCAACCAAAGUGCCCUUUACCUCCAGCACUGCUUUGCCACACAGAGAGCUUUGGUCUCAAAGUUCCCUGAGCUGCUGUUUGAGGAGGAGACAGAGCAGUGUGCAGACCUGUGCCUGAGGCUCCUGAGGCACUGCAGCAGCAGCAUUGGCCCCAUCAGGUCCCACGCCAGUGCCUCCCUGUACCUCCUCAUGAGGCAGAACUUCGAGAUCGGGAACAAUUUUGCCAGAGUGAAGAUGCAGGUGACCAUGUCCCUGUCAUCCCUGGUGGGGACAUCCCAGAACUUUAAUGAAGAAUUCCUGCGGCGUUCCCUCAAGACUAUUCUGACAUAUGCUGAGGAGGAUCUGGAACUUAGGGAGACAACAUUUCCUGACCAGGUCCAGGAUUUAGUGUUCAACCUCCAUAUGAUCCUGUCAGACACAGUUAAAAUGAAGGAGCACCAGGAAGAUCCAGAAAUGCUGAUUGACCUGAUGUACAGGAUUGCCAAGGGCUACCAGAAUUCCCCUGACCUGAGGCUGACGUGGCUGCAGAACAUGGCAGGGAAACAUUCCGAGAGGAGCAACCACGCCGAGUCUGCCCAGUGCCUGGUGCACUCUGCAGCCCUGGUGGCCGAGUACCUGAGCAUGCUGGAGGACAGGAAGUACCUCCCUGUGGGCUGUGUGACAUUCCAGAACAUAUCUUCCAAUGUUUUGGAAGAGUCAGCAGUUUCUGAUGAUGUUGUGUCCCCAGAUGAAGAAGGAAUCUGUUCUGGGAAGUAUUUUACAGAAGCUGGUCUGGUGGGAUUGCUGGAACAGGCUGCAGCAUCUUUCUCCAUGGCUGGCAUGUAUGAAGCAGUUAAUGAGGUUUACAAAGUCCUUAUUCCUAUUCAUGAAGCCAACAGAGAUGCCAAGAAGUUGUCUGCUAUUCAUGGUAAACUGCAGGAGGCAUUCAGCAAGAUUGUUCACCAGAGUACUGGCUGGGAGUUCCUACUUGUGGAAUUUUUUUUCCCUUUCUCUGCCCCUUUUCCCCCACCACCCCUGUUUGUUUUUGGUUUGGUUUUUUUUUGUUUUACACUGUGGAACCCCCAAUUUCAUUUUAGCAAAGAGCUAUGCCAACAGCAGCACCCCCCUCAUGGCACAAGGAAUGUGGUGUUGCCAACUACAAGCAUUGCAGUGUCCUGGGGCUGGCACCAGAGCAUUCCUGAGCUCUCCUUAAACACACCAGCUGAUGGGCUUUGUGUGCUUAUUCAUGGAAUAAAUGUUGAAUUCAUUCUAUUUGUUUGUUUUCCAAUUAGGAAAAUUAAGAAAAAAUCUUUUCAUGCUGUGCCAUGAGAAUUUAAAAACUCUUUUUAAGCUAUACAUGGAGAGGUUGCCAGUGGAUAAUAGGGCUCCAUGAGCUGAUUCUUUCCCAGAAAAUCAAUAUUGGAAGACUUGGGGUAGUUGGCAACACUGCAAAGGGCCUUGGGUUAAAAUUCAGCAGGAAAAUAACAGUACUGAGUUUGGUAAAGAUGGGUUGGAUUCUGCAUUUUGAAGGAGUUGCUUUUGUUCCUGCACCCUUCAGGCAGCAGCUGCUGUCCUGGAGGAGGAAGCAGUGAUCCCUCUUGCAUCUGAUUUAUCUUUAAUUUCCCCCCAAAUCUUGUUGGCAAAGCUUUUUGUGUGCGUGCAAGAGAUAACCCCAAAACUUUAUUCCCAGCAAUUUGGAAAGGUAUUUACCAUGCAUAAUAACAAAUCAUGAACCUUCAUAAGUCAUGGUGGCUGUUACCUGCUCUGCCAGUUGUGUGAUGGCUAUUCAGUGUUCACCUUCAUUCUCUUCUCCUCCCAAAAUCCUAUUAUUUUUUGAUAAAAUAAUAGGAGAUAUGAUGCUUUUAAUAAUUCCUCCCUCAUAUCUGCAUUUUUAGCUCUUGCCAGAAACAAGACCACAGAGCAUUUAAUGAUUUGUUCAGUUUUCCCUGCUGUGGCUGGGAAGUGGUUUGGUGUUGGCUGAGUUUGAGAUGCCAGUGCAGAGCCAUCCCCUGUCCCCAGUGCCAGGCAUGGAGCUGAUCCCAGGGAAGUGGCAGCUCCUGAACAUCCCUGGCAGGCCUGGAGUGGUCUGGAAGUGUUCCCCCAAAGGGAUUUGCUCCAUUCCCUUGUCUCCAGGCACAGAUUCCCAGCCCCAACAUCAGGGGCUCCUCACUGCUGCCUCUGGGGUCCCUCUAACUGGGAUCCAGCAUCUGGAUUGACCAGGGAGAGCCAGAGCAGCAGGGGAUGAGCUGGGAGCUGACCUCACACGGGGACAGGGAAUCUCACCAGGCUUCCCUGGGGCUCCCCAGUGCCCCAAAACUCUGAUUUUAUGCAUUUAGUAAAUGCCAGCAGGACUGCUCAGGGAUUUAUGCUGAUCAACAGGCAGCAUUCUCUUCCUCCCUCAUCAUUUUUACCCUGCCUGUAACAAGGAGCUGCCUGGGCAGGUGUCCAUGGCAAAAACUCACUUGUAGGGAUCUGGUUGUGCAAAUGCUUCCCACCCUGGAAACCCCUGGCCCAGGAGGGAGGAAAAAGCUCAUGAAUUAGAAAUCAGUGUGUCCUCAACCACCCAGUGCCAGGGCUGGGGCAGGAUCCCACAAACUUUGGCUCUGGGGAGCUGUGGCAGCUCCCCCAGGCAGACACAGAGUCAUGGAAUGGUUUGGGUUGGAAAGGACCUUAAAGGGAUCAGGUUCCAACCCCACCUUGGGAAGGACUUUAAGAAAGGAGCCCUGGAGUCAGAGCCUUCUGUCUGUGACAGUGAGGUGGAAGCUGGAAAUGCUGAAUAUUGAGGGAUUUUAGUGUGGAUAAUGUUACCCAAAACUGUGAUUUUGAAAAGGUAGUGAUGAGGAAAAAAGGGUUCAGUAGCUCAGUCCUGCAUGGAUCCAGAGGGAUGGGCACUGCCCAAAGGCAGGGAGUCCAGGGAAAUGGCAACCUCCAGUGAAACAGCAGCAGCUCUGCAGCUGGAGUUCCCACCCUGGGAGUGGUGCUGGACUCCUGGGUGUGCUGAGAGCCCUGGGGUUUCAGUGGGGCCGGAGAAGAGCCCCUCUCUGCAGCAGGAUUCCCAGAGGGACAGGCUCUAGAGCAGGGCCCAGGGAGCCUGGGCACAACCAGGUGUUGCUUUUUUGGGAUGAGUGAGGGCUGCUCCUCACCCCAGGUGCCUCCAGGAGGGCAGAGCUCAGCUCUGAAGUGGAAGUUUUUGGCCCUCGGGCACCUCCAGGGGAGUGCUCCAGAGUUUCCUCCAGCCAGAAGUGGCUAUGCCAGUGAUUUUUGCAGUCUGGAGUUUGCCUGAAGGGUUUUUUUAUUUUAGUUUGGCUUAUUUGUCCUCUUUGCCUUCCAUAGAUCGUGUUCACCAUCACUCCAAGAGAUCAGUUUUGCCAUAGCAAAGUACUAAAAUAAAACCUGGCAGCCAGGACACCUGUAAGGGCUGUUUGAAACCAAACCCUAACCCAGCUCAGGGACCCUGAGUGUCCUUUACUGCAUCACAUUUGUCACGAGAGUAAAGGUGAACAUUUUGGAGUUUCUUGCUGAAAGGCACCCCUGGUUUGUGCAUGCAGCGUGAGUUCUUUAACACAAGCAAGGUGUGUUUAAUUUUUAAAGCAUUUUUCUCCUCUCUCUCUCUCUCUCUUUUAAUCAGAUUCUCUCCGUUGCCUUUCCAGCAAAAAAUCUUUCUUGUUUCUCUCCUUUUGUUGCGUUUCGGGGCCAAAUUCACCACUGGCUCCCCUGGAA